UUUCGCUGAAGCUGCUUCUGCCCGCCGGUCCGCGCAAACAGACGGGAGCGAUGGAAGAAGAGCUAAAAUGCCCCGUUUGCGGUUCUCUCUUCAAGGAGCCCAUCCUGCUGCCGUGCUCCCACAAUGUCUGCCUGGCGUGUGCUCGGAACAUCACCGUCCAGACCCCGGAGGGAGAGACCCCGGUGCAGAGCAGAGCGUCGGGCAGCUCUGACUACGACUAUCUGGACAUGGACAAGAUGAGUCUGUACAGCGAGACGGACAGUGGAUACGGCUCCUACACGCCGUGCCAGCUCAAAUCUCCAAACGGGGUGCGCGUGUUCCCACCUGCCACCCACCACCGACACUGCUCCCUCACCUGCCCUCUGUGUCACAGGAGCGUCUCCCUGGACGAGCGGGGGCUCCGGGGUUUCCCUCGGAACCGGCUGAUGGAGGCCAUAGUGGCGCGGUACCAACAGAACCGCACCACCGCCGCCUCCACUUCUUCUUCUUCUUCUUCUGCCUCUUCUUCUACCGCGGUGAAGUGCCAGCUGUGCGACCGCAACCCGGUGGACGCGGCUGUGAUGUGCGAGCAGUGCGAUGUCUUCUACUGUAACGCCUGCCAGCAGCGGUGCCACCCGUCCCGCGGUCCGCUGGCCAAGCACCGCCUGGUGCCGCCGAGGAACCAAGCGGCAGGAGGAGGUGCGGCGAGCGGAGGAGGGAGCGUAAGCGGCGGCGGCGGUCAGCAGCCACCCGCUACCGCGCGGAAACCUGCGACCUGCGUGGACCACGAAGCGGAAAACUUCAGCAUGUACUGCUACAGCUGCAAGGCCCCGGUGUGUACGAAGUGCCUGGAGGAGGGAAAACACGCCAAGCACGAUAUCAAACCCCUGGCCGUGAUGUGGAAGCAACACAAGUGCCAGCUCUCCCAGGCCCUGAACGGUGUCUCCGACAGAGCUAAAGAUGCCAAGGAGUUCCUGGUUCAACUCAAGAACAUGCUUCAGCAGAUACAGGAGAACGGCGUGGAGUUCGAGGCUUGUCUCGUAGCACAGUGCGACUCUCUGAUUGAGGCGCUGACCAGACAGAAAGCCAAACUGCUCACCAAAGUCACCAAGGAGAAGGAGUACAAGCUGAAGGUGGUGCGUGAUCAGAUCACCCACUGCACCAUGAAGCUACGUCAGACCACCGGCAUGAUGGAGUACUGUUUGGAAGUCCUCAAAGAGAACGACCCGAGUGGAUUCCUCCAGAUCUCAGAUGCCCUGAUCAAGAGGGUGACAUCGUCUCAGGAUCAGUGGGUGAAAGGGGCCCUGGAGCCAAAAGUAGGCCCGGAGUUUGACCUCACCCUCAACACUGACUCGCUGCUGCAGACCAUCCUGAUGCUGGACUUCUGCCAGGGCAAAGAUGCGCAGGAGAAUCCGUUAAUGAAACAAAUGCAGGCGGCAGGCAGUGGUGAUGGCGAGCUGGAGACACAGAGCCCAGGAGUGGAGUCUGGACCUUCGGUGCCGGCGGCUCCUCUCCUGCAGCUGGAGAAGUGCUGCACCAGGAACAACAGCGCCACCCUGGCCUGGAGGGUGAUUGCGCCCCCUGGCAACCCCAUCGAGGGCUACAUCCUGGAGCUGGACGACGGCAACGGAGGACAGUACAGGGAGGUCUACGUGGGGAAGGAGACAGUGUGUACGGUGGACGGCCUCCAUUUCAACAGCUCCUACAAUGCCAGGGUGAAAGCCUACAAUGCCAUCGGCGUGGGGCCGUACAGCAAAACUGUAGUGCUCAAGACCUCUGACGUGGCUUGGUUCACGUUUGACCCCACCACAGCUCACCGGGACAUCGUUCUGUCCAAUGAAAACCAGACGGUCAGCUGUAACAGCUACGAUGACCGCGUGGUGCUGGGAACCGCUGCUUUUUCCAAGGGCGUCCACUACUGGGAGGUCAGAAUCGAUCGCUAUGACAACCACCCGGACCCCGCGUUUGGCGUGGCGAGGAUCAACACGAUGAAGGACAUGAUGCUGGGGAAAGAUGACAAGGCGUGGGCCAUGUAUGUGGACAACAACCGCUCCUGGUUCAUGCACAACAACUCCCACACCAACAGGGCGGAGGGCGGCAUCACUAAGGGCUCGACUGUGGGCGUCCUGCUGGAUCUGACCAAACACACACUGACUUUCUACAUCAACAAGGAGCAGCAUGGACCGACUGCUUUCGAGAGUCUGGACGGGGUCUUCGUACCCGCCGUCAGCCUCAACAGAAACGUACAGGUGACCUUACUGACGGGCCUGGAGGUGCCAAAGAAUACCAAACAGUAGGAGAGCCUUCCUCCAUCUGAGCGUGCCCUGGAUACAAACCAACGAUGUCAACAGAUUAACCCUCUCCCGUCCCCCUCGAGGUGCCCUCCGUCUCAGAUACACUUCAGCGUGAAACCCUGCUCCGUAACUUGGGAUGAAAGAAUAAACUUCAGUUAUUAUUGGCUGCAAACAAAUUGAUCGGAGCUUGUGGACGUCACUACAGAGAGGUCUCGCGUUACCGUGGGUUGCCAUACUUUUUUCAUAUCCCUGUUUUUAGCCCUGUGAACUCCAGUACACCAACAACACUGAUGUUAUCAUUCCAGCAUGUAUGUUUCGGUAGCUGAAAAAGAGGAAGACCACACAGGCUGGAGAAUUCUCCUUGAGGCCUGAGACUAAACUAAUGGACCCUCCCACACUGUGCUAGAAAACGUUUUAGUCAACGAAAACAAGGGGAUUUUAGGAGGUGACAAAACGAGGAAGAAAACGAUUCGGCGGCGCUUAUUGUUGCUCUGCUUCUCUCUCAGGUGUGUUUACAGCUUUCAAGGUAAAACCAGAUGAAGAGAAUGUUUUGCAGGAGCUGUAGUGGCACCGCAGGAUGUUACACUCGUGAAAUGUUUACAAGCUAAAACUUUCAUAGCGCAUAGCUUGUUAUCCCAGCCGCAGCUCCAACAGCGCCGCCUUCUCCGUUUUCUCCUCGUUUCUCCCUUCUUCUCCAUCUAAUGCAAAGUGGCUUAAAGAUUGUUUGGUGCUGUCGUCAAAGAGGUUUACACGCGGAGGUCAAGCUGGGGAGGAUUCAUUUUAUCCUUCAUCUGCAGGGGAUGGGAACGCCAACCCUGCAGAGGACACAUUUUAUUUUGAAAUGCAUAGCGGUAGAUUCACUGUUUUUGCAUCUUUUGGUAGCGAGCAGAGUCUUGAUUAGGACUGGUAGUGCAGGACUUAAGUGACUUGUGGUAGACUUUGAUUGAGUUCACUUGGACAACACGUGUAUCUACCUCUAGUGGCAGAAUGAACAGAGACAACAGACCUUCAUGCUUUGUUUGGCCAUCUAAUGUGGUUAAAGGAAUAGUUUGACUAAAAACAAAGGCAGGUGAAACAAUCUCAUUGUUCUGUCCCCAUUAACCAUACAGGAUACAUCAUAUUAGUGCCCUUUUGAGGUGCUGUUCCCCAGUUUCCACCCUUUAUGUUAAGCUAAGCUAACCAGCUCCUGGAUGUGGUGUCGAUCUUCUCAUCUUACUCUUGGCAAGAUUCCCAAAAUGUCAAACUAUUCCUUUAAAAAAAAUAUGCGGUGAAGUUAGAGGUUAAAAUGUGCCUGCAGCAUUUGAUAAACUGUGGGGAGCUUGACUUAAUUUGGUUUCCAAAUCUGUUUCCAAAUUGUGCGCAACAGUUUGUAGGCUGAAUUAAUCAGAGCGAGGGAACGAGAAACCGGAGCUUUUCCCGCCUCUGUGUUUAUCUGAAGCCUCUCUCAGACUCUGUCUCAUGUAGAAAUGUUUUCACCUCGAGGGAUGAAUGUCAGACAAGGCUGAAACGAAACUCAACUGAACCAAACCUUACUUUUUCUGUUGUUUUACACGACCAACAGUUACUAUGACACAUCAAAAGCAGGUGAGAAAAGUGUGGCUGUCUCAUGGUAAUUUUAUUCUGUGCUCAUCUCUCAGUCUCUCUGAAGAGUCUCAGAUGCUUUCAGGCAUCUUUAAUCUGUCGUUCUGAAAAUGAUCUCCAAAAGUCACAUCAGGUAGAGUUACAUCCGCUGCUGUAAUUCUCAUCAGGGAUUUGAUAUGGCAGCCUGUAGGGGACACAGCAGCUUCAAACUUCAACCAAACCACUGUGACUAAGGAUGUUUUAACAUGCAUUUAUCUUAAUGCAGGAGAGAGUGGAGAAGUUUGUUUUGGGGGGGUAUUUUAUCUUAUAAUAUCCUACAUAUUUCUAUUCCCUAUGAUGUUGUGUGAGAGAGAAGCUCUUAGAGGUAUCGACAGAGAUUUGGGGUUUAUGUGUGAAUGGAAAUCCACAAACUGUAAAUACUGAUAUGUGAGUUCCGAUUGUGACGUGUGACAUUUUAAGCAUGGAUUAAGCAUCGAA